ACGUCACGUCGCUCAGAUUGUCAGAUUGGAUUCCCCUGCUUGAUUUGGACACCACAACGACUGGGCACCGCCGCCCACUGCAGAGUCCGGCCAUGGAGCUCCGCGAGAUGGGCGGCACGGGCCUCCGCGUCAGCGCCGUCGGCUUCGGCGCCUCCCCGCUCGGCAACGUCUUCGGGGACGUGCCCCGCGACGCCGCCCGCGCCGCCGUCCGCCGCGCGCUCGACCUCGGCGUCAACUUCUUCGACACCUCCCCGUACUACGGCGGCACGGUCUCGGAGUCCGUCCUCGGCGACUGCCUCCGCCACGCGGCCGUCCCGCGGGACCAGGUCGUCGUCGCCACCAAGUGCGGCCGCUACAAGGACGAAGGGUUCGACUUCUCCGCCGCCCGCGUCGCCCGCAGCGUCGACGAGAGCCUCGCCCGCCUGGGGCUCGACUACGUCGACAUCCUCCACGCCCACGACAUCGAGUUCACCAGCCUCGACCAGAUUGUGAAUGAGACCGUUCCUGCGCUCCGGAAGAUCAAGGAGAGCGGGAAGGCGCGGUUCAUUGGAAUCACCGGGCUGCCCCUCAGCAUCUACCCGUACGUGCUCGACCGGGCGCCGCUGGGCUCGGUGGAUGUCAUCCUGUCCUACUGCCACUACGGGAUCAACGACACCUCCCUGGUCGAUCUGCUCCCCUACUUGAAGAGCAAGGGCGUCGGGGUUAUCACCGCUUCGCCCCUUGCGAUGGGUCUUCUCACAGAUAAUGGGCCCCCAGACUGGCACCCUGCACCGGAACAUCUUAAGUCAGCAUGCAGGGCAGCUGCAGAGCACUGUAGCAAAAAGGGGAAAAGCAUCACGAAGCUAGCUAUGCAAUACAGCCUGAUGAACAAUGAAAUUUCUACAGUUCUUGUUGGAAUGAACUCUUCAAAACAGGUGGAGGAGAAUGUAGCUGCUGCAUUGGAGUUGUCAACAUCUGGCAUUGACGAAGAACUUCUGCAUGAAGUUGAAGCAAUUCUUGAGCCUGUGAAGAACAUGACUUGGCCUAGCGGUAUCCAGCAAGCCUAAUGUCUAAUAGCAGCUUGCUCAGUUGAAACCUUCGGUGUGCCAGUAUGGCUUGGUUGGUAACUAUAUGUGUCCAUAACUUCAGUUGCCGGGAUUUUGACAUGUUAAAGUAUACACAUGUCAAUUGUGUGCAUCCGCAUCUAUCCUGGAUAGUUGUUGAUCAAAGCGAAUGAAGGAUAUUGCUGGGAUUUUAUGGGCGGGGCAUCUUGUAACAUGGACAAUAAAAGAUCGAAGCUGAUCACUGAAUAAGCCUUUCGCAUACACGUGGGAUGGAUUAACACAUAUUAUUUUGGUUGCCAAACAAGCAAAUUGCACAUACUUUUACAGCGAGACAAGGCAUUGCUGAAUUACACACCA